AUGUUCACAUCAUCAUGUGCAUGUAAAGGUAUUCGUUCAUGUAAACUUUGUGAAACAAAAAAAAAAGAUCAUUUAAUAAAUAAUGAAUCAACAACAAAUAUAAUUUAUAUUUAUUGUGAUACAUGUCGUCAAGCAAUACGUAUGGAUAUAUAUGAAUUAAAUUCUCAAUGUCCACAUCAUAAUAAUAAUAUUAAUAAUGAUAUAAGUUUUCCAUUAGAUGGUAUAUAUCUUGUAUCAGAUUUUCUUAAUGAAAAUGAAGAAAAUAAUUUAUUAAAUUCAAUUAAUAAUGAUAUAUGGAUAUCAUCACAAUCAGGUCGUUUAAAACAAGAUUUUGGUAUUAAAAUUAAUUUUAAAAAACAAACAAUUAAAACAAAAUAUUUUACUGGUAUGCCAAUAUAUUCAAAUGAUAUUCUUCAACGUUUAAAAACUUAUAGAUUAUUAAAUGAUUUUCAAUCAGUUGAAUUAUGUAAUUUAGAUUAUAAUCAAGAACGUGGUUCACAUAUUGAUUCACAUAUUGAUGAUAUAUGGAUAUGGGGUGAACGUUUAAUAACAAUAAAUUUAUUAUCAAAUACAAUAUUAACAUUAAUACCAAAUGAAAAAAAUACAAAUAAAAUAAUUUAUAUACCAUUACCACGUCGUUGGAUGAUUGUACUUUAUGGUGAUGCUAGAUAUGAAUAUAAACAUUCUAUACAAUAUCAACAUAUACAAAAUAGACGUAUAGCUGUUACAUUUCGUGAAUUAACAGGAAAAAAUGAAAAAUUUUAUGAAGAAAAUAAAGAUUUAUAUGAAAGAAUUAUUCGAAUUAGUAAACGUUUUACAGGAAUAUCUGUUGGAAGAUUUGAAAAAAUUGUUCAUGAUAUUAAUACAAUGAUGAUUGUAAGUUUUAAUUAA